AUGAAAAGUAAAGAUUUAAAUCCAAAUAAUAUUUAUGAUUUUUUUCUACAAAAGAUAAUUUUAAAUCUAGCAAAUACCCAUUUAUCUAAACAUGUCUCGUUUUUAUCUAACUAUAACAUAAAAAUUGGUGUUUAUGAUUUUUGUGGAAAACUAAAGACUUAUAGCAAAUAUUUUAUAGAUUUUGCAGAGUGUUGGGUUGUUGAAAAUGAUUGGGAAAACGAUAUAACUAUAAAUAUCUACAAAUAUGACUUAGUAUACUUUUUUGAUGAUAUUGAACUUGUAGACAGAAAUUUGUUUUAUAAUAAAGUUGUAUCUAGAAGUAACUAUUUGUUCGUGCUUUUUACAAAAAAUAGAUUUAGUAGGAUAGAAGUUUAUAUAGAUGAAAAAUAA